GUUUCUGCUGCAGAUCCCUCUUUCCAUUUCCAAAGCGGGGAGGCGAUAGGGAGGAGGGAAAGGGGGCUUCUUUAUUUUUUCUUCCCGUGCAGCUUUAAAAAGAAAAAAAACCUGUUGGUUGAAUUUGUAUUCGAUUCCACCGAAGAUUAAACUUGCCCUGUAAUUUUGCUUCCCCUCCGUUGAUUCGUAGGAACAGACGCCUGAAGGUACCAAACAUGUAGCCAAGGAGGAGAGAAAAAAACCCAGAGCAGCACCGGCCGAGGACUGCCAGGUACCUUUCAAAAACUUGGAUCAAGUUGCGUAUGUAUGCCUUUUUAAAAAAUUGGGCGGAGGGGAGGUGGAAAGAUUGGCCCUCCGUUGGAAAUCCUGCCUCUAGGCGACUAGUUGCAUUUGAGCAAAAGAGUUUUGGGAGGAAUUGGGCAUCCUCUUCGAAGCGGUUUCACCCCCCUUCUCUGGAAAUUCUGACAAAAUCCCGGCAAAGAACAAACUUUCUACGCUGAUUCCACACUUUCCUUUUUGGCAAAGAGUUGGGCGGCUGCUUCGAGAUGCUGGACGGUUCCCGUGCAUCCAGUCCAGCGGCCUCUGUUUUCCCUGCUUUCCUGAACAUCUUUGAUCCCAAGUACCAUUUGGACUGAAGGCUCAACCCCCCUCGGAGAUGGAGCUCCCAUCCCUUGUCCUGCUUCCAUGAAGAGCUUGCAAGGGGAAGGACAAAAAAAUGCCAGAAUCUCAACCCAAGAGAGAAGGAAGUUGGCAGAUUGUUUUCUUCUGAAGGACAAAAAGAAAACCCCAACCUGCAUCCAUCUACUUGCUAGAUUUUUUGUUUUGAACAAAGAAGCAAAAAGCUACAGCUUUCUUCUGUAGCAUCCACUUGCGAAAUCGAAUUCUGAUCACCCACAAAAUACCAAAGGACCGUGUUUUGCGGUGGGCUUUUGCAACGAGACUGCCCUUUCCAUGAUUUGCAGAAAGGUCCUAAGAACUUCUGCCGGUCUGCAAGCCAUGGGGAGUCUCCGGAGUGGAAUGAAUUGAGGGUGCUGGUCAGUGCAGGUGUCCGUGAAAGAGGAAAAAGAGACGAGAAAGAAGGACAGAGGAAGCUGUCAACUGUUUAACGGGGGUCCCUCCAAAAUGAACUGGUUGCCUCCUUCUUGAAAGCGGAAGAGAAGUCGAGAGGGGCAGAGAGGAAGAAAGAAAGAAAAGAGAGCCAGGAAGCAACGGAGGUGCGGAUCCAGGAUGAUGCCUCUUUUGGAGAUAGCUGCCCUGCUUGUCACCCUGGUUGGGGUCUGUGUGUGGACAGACGACGGCAGCAAAGUCAUUUCGGAUCGCUAUGCAGUGUACUGGAAUAAGACCAACCCCAGGUUCCAUCAGGGAGACUAUACAGUGGAAGUGAGCAUCAAUGACUACCUGGACAUCUAUUGCCCGCACUACGAGAUCCCGUUUCCCAUGGACCGGAUGGAACGGUACAUCCUCUACAUGGUCAACUAUGAAGGCCACGCCACCUGUGACCAUCGGCAAAAUGGUUUCAAGCGCUGGGAAUGUAACAGGCCUGAUUCGGCCAACGGGCCGCUGAAAUUCUCCGAAAAGUUCCAGCUCUUCACCCCUUUCUCACUGGGGUUCGAAUUCAGGCCAGGACACGAAUAUUACUAUAUUUCGGCCACUCCACCUAACCCCGUUGACAAGCCCUGCUUGAAGCUGAAGGUUUACGUUCGACCCACAAAUGACUCCCUGUACGAAUCUCCAGAGCCCAUAUUCACCAGCAAUAAUUCCUGUUGCAGCUUCCAAGUUCCUGAUGCCUUCUUCGUGGUGGUGCCGGUUUUUUGGACUAUUCUAGCCUCCUAGCCUCAGCGUAAGGACAAGAGAGGAACCGAACUUUGUUUCCGCAACCUGUGGGGGGAAAGAGAGGGAGGGAGGAAGCGAAAGACAAGAGAGAGGAGAUUACCUUGCUGGGUCAGAAAGAAGACUGUUCAGCAUUUGGGGGUGGGGGUGCGGGUUGUAGUUACAAUGAUCUUUGAACUGCAGCCUCGGCCAGAAACAGGCUUUGAGGUGAAAGGCAGACAGACAGAGAAAGAUGGAUCUCCUUCCCCAUCUCUCACUCGAGGGGGGGGAAAGUCGCACAGUCGCAGGUGCACCAAGACCCCUAGCAGAUCUCGCGGGGAGAAAGACGUUUUUAAAAGUGCAGUCCGGAAGCCGGGCUGGUUCUCCGCUUCUGAGGCGCUCCAACGGACCAUUUUCACUUGACUAGUGUUUGACGGCGUUUGGAUUAAUUUUUCCUACCCGGACGGAGUUUUUUGCUUUUUAAAGAAUUUCUAGACCAAAUAUAGUCUUCUCUUUUUUCCAGCUUGAUUUUUUCUUUGGCCUGAACUGCUUCAGACUCGGAGGCAGCAGUGCAGCGAAGGAGAGGGGUGGGCGUUUUUUCUCCUCCUCUGUGCCUCAGUUUCCCACCCCGCCAAAUUCUUUGUACAGGUCCUUUGAACCUCUCGAUGGAAGAAGCGGUCCGUAACCAGUUAGCCACAUUUCUCUAUUGGCGAAAGCAUAAGUCAGAGCCCGGGAGCCGACGCAGGUGAAUGAACUGGUUGUUUCAGAAAGUACCAGGACAAUGUUUUGCCCAGCUCGGCCAGCCCGUUCUCCCUUUAGAUUCCCUUGAAAAACCGGCGGUGGACUCUCUGUCAUCUGGACAAGGUGAUAUGCUCUGCACAUCUUUUCAAGGUCUCCGGUCAGCGCUACCUGUCUCUGGAGGCCCAACUGAAAACAGGCCCAACUUUUGCUUCAGAUAAACUUUUGACCUCAUUUGAUUUAGGGGAGUGAGGAGAAGCGUCUGGCCGACAUCAUGGUUUCCACAGGUCUAAAGUCCAGUGUGGGGGAUAGGGUGCUUUAAGUUGGUUUUUGUAAGGAGCUGGGGAGGACGGGCGGGGGAGAAACGGGCAGAGUACAAUUGAUAUAUUGGAUGUGGUGAAUAACAAUUUGAAUUGCGCUGUGUUCCCCACUUUUAAGUGUCACAAAUCCAUAGAAUUUCCGACAGCUGGAUGCGGCCUUCCCCGAAUGUGUGAUAUAUACUGAUAGCGGAGAACAUUGCCUACCAUCAUCGCCCCCAUCCAGCAUCUGCAUGAAUCGGUUAGACAUGAUAACAGAUAUUAAUUUGGUAGGCCCACAAAAUGUAUUGUUGACAUGAUAGAUUCAUGAUGGAUCUGUAGCAUCGGUGCUACCCUGUUUCCCCGAAUAUAAGACAUCCCCUGAAAAUAAGCCGCAGUAGAGGUUUUGCUGAAGUCACGAGAUAUAAAAGCGCAUCCCGAAAGUAAAGGCAUCGUAGUUUCUUUGUUUUGGAGGCGUGCCCGGCCGAACAGAACACAGAAAAGUAAGACACAUCCCCUGAAAAUAAGACAUAGCGCAUCUCUUUGCAGGAGCAAAAAAUUAAUAUAAGACACUGUCUUGUUUUCGGGGAAACACGGUAAGUGAGACUUGAAAUAUUGGAUAAUUUGUACCGGGGGUCAGGUGGACAGAUUUUGGGAUCAGCUUUCUCUUCUCCCCCUUUGCCCACUCAUCAGUUAAAUUAUGCCACCACUUGGCCUGCAUUUCACACCCGCUGACUAGCAGUCACGUUGGCGGCUUGUAACGUCUCCCUCAAUCACGGCUACCAAGAUUUUUUCCUACUCUUCCCUCACCCAAGCCGAACUCCAUUCAAAUAGCACGUGGAAACAAAUCACAUGAAUCCAAAGGCCUGUAGGGUGACCAGGGCCCCCUCAACCCCGCCCAGACGCUCUACUGCCGUUAUUUUCCUUUGCCAGCCCAUUAGGUGUAGCCAGGAUGAAUGGUGUCCCGUCUGUUCUUGGAUCCAGGGUCUUGGAACUGAGUGGGUCACAUUACUACUGUUUACAGUGAGUUUUGUCCAAUCUUGAAACAAUUUGGUCACCUCUUCGGGUACAGAAUUGUUGCACAUCCACCCCUUCAAUUGGCAGGCGGUACAAAGCCUCUGGAUUGGCCAGACUCAUUGAGAGUACAGCAGAACCUCGGUUUUCGUUGGUAAAUCCGUCUGAAAAGAAUCGAUGAAAACCGAAACUGAUGAAAACCGAGGCAAACUUUUCCAUAGGAAUCAAUGUAAAUCCAAUUAAUCCGUUCAUGGGCA